UCUAGUCUGGUUCACUUUAAUACAAUUCUCUUAAUUUUUAAACAAAGCUUAUGCCUUUACCUCCCUGAGACAUUUGCAGACAGCUUCUCCAUGAAAGAACUCUUUUCCUGCACAUAACCAAAAACAAGGCCUGCCAUGCAUCAUGUAGGAGACAAAGAGAAGAACCUUAACCGUUCCUUUCUGUCACUUUUGCUUUCGUGGUCAGAAUAACUUUGCUUCAGAAUCGAGCUUCAGGUUUCUUGCGAGAGGCCGCUUCCUUGCAGCUUCUCGCAGCAGCAAAUUAAGCAACCAGAAAGGGACUAUGAAGCUGGUGGUGGAGGUGGUGGACGCUCACGAUCUUAUGCCCAGAGACGGUGAAGGAUCCUCCAGUCCAUUUGUAGAAGUUGACUUCGAGAACCAGAGAAUCAGAUCCCACACAGUUCACAGAAACCUCAACCCUGUCUGGAACGAGAAGCUCCUCUUCAACCUGCAAGACCCCAACAGCCUCCAUCAGCACUCCAUUGAAGUUUGCGUCUACAACGAGAGGAGGUCGAUCCCUGCUGGCCGCAAUUUUCUUGGGAAGGUAAGGAUUCAUGGCUCUAAUGUUGUUAAAAAAGGAGAAGAAGCUUUGCAAAGGUUCCAAUUAGAAAAGAAAUGGUUUUUCUCAUACGUCAAAGGCGAUAUUGGCCUGAAAAUUUAUAUUUCACCUGAAUCAGAACCCACAACUCCCCUUCCAUCCUGUCCACCACCAUCACGUCCUCCUCCUCCUCCUCCCGUUUCUGAUAAAGCUACUACUACUGUUACUACUACAGAUUAUCCGGCAGCUACUGAUACUGCGGCCACUACAUGCAAGGCCGCUGCUGCGGUAACUGGUAGUUCAACUUCUACAGUUGUUGCAGUUGACACCAUUUCCCCAGCUGGAGUCGCUGGUACUACUGGUACUGCUGGUCCUGAUCACAAGGAGCCAAAGGAGGAGAUCAAGGAGCCUGUAGAAGUGAAAGUCCAGACUACCCAAUACAUACACAAGCAGCAAGUUUGCUCACAAGCAGGUAUAUCGGUAGAGAGACAGCCAGAAGUCGUGCCGUUAAUCAUGCACCAGAUCAACAACCCACAACCCCAUCCUAACCAACAGGAGGAGGACUACAAACUGAAGGACACAAGCCCACAACUUGGAGAACGAUGGCCAAGUGGAGGAAUACGUGGUGGCGGAGGAUGGAUGAGCGGAGACAAGUUCACCAGCACGUACGACCUUGUAGAACAGAUGUACUACCUGUAUGUUCGAGUUGUAAAAGCCAAAGAAUUACCUACCAAUUCCAUCGCUGGAAACUGUGAUCCAUAUGCAGAAGUGAAGCUUGGGAAUUACAAAGGAACGACUAGGCAUUUCGAGAAGAAAACCAAUCCUGAGUGGAACCAGGUGUUUGCAUUUUCCAAAGAGAGAAUUCAGUCAUCAGCACUAGAGGUCUUCGUCAAGGACAAAGAGAUGGUGGCGAGAGAUGACUAUCUCGGGAAGGUGGUGUUUGAUCUAAAUGAGGUGCCGACGAGGGUGCCACCCGAUAGCCCCCUUGCACCUCAGUGGUACAGACUAGAGGAUCGCCGGGGAGACGGGAAGGUGAAGGGAGAGAUCAUGCUUGCAGUUUGGAUGGGAACACAGGCUGAUGAAGCCUUCCCAGAGGCCUGGCACUCAGACGCUGCUUCCGUUCAUGGAGAGGGUGUCUUCAACAUCCGAUCAAAGGUCUACGUCUCACCCAAACUGUGGUACCUAAGGGUGAAUGUGAUUGAAGCCCAGGAUGUACAACCGAAUGACAGAAGCCGUCUUCCGGAGGUGUUUGUGAAAGUUCAGGUUGGCAGCCAAGUGCUUAAGACCAAGUUAUGCCCAACUCGUACCAUCAACCCACUCUGGAAUGAAGAUCUGGUCUUUGUAGUGGCUGAGCCCUUUGAAGAACAGUUGAUGCUUACAGUUGAGGAUCGAGUGCACCAAUCCAAGGACGAUGUCCUUGGGAGGAUAAGUCUGCCGCUCAACAUAUUUGAGAAACGCCUGGACCACCGACCAGUUGAUUCUCGUUGGUUCAACCUUGAGAAAUUUGGGUUUGGAGUCUUGGAAGGAGACAAGAGAAAGGAGCUCAAAUUUUCUAGCAGGAUUCACCUCAGAGUCUGUCUGGAAGGUGGUUACCAUGUACUAGACGAAUCAACCAUGUACAUAAGUGACCAACGCCCUACUGCAAGGCAGCUGUGGAAGCAACCAAUCGGCAUAUUGGAGGUGGGAAUCCUGAGCGCACAGGGGCUGUUGCCCAUGAAGAUGAGAGAUGGCCGGGGCGCCACAGAUGCUUACUGCGUUGCCAGGUAUGGACAGAAGUGGGUACGAACCAGAACAAUUAUUGACAGCUUCAGUCCCAAAUGGAAUGAGCAAUACACAUGGGAGGUCUAUGAUCCUUGCACAGUGAUCACACUAGGAGUUUUCGACAACUGCCAUUUGGGGGGUAACGAGAAACCAGCUACCGGUGGCACAGCAAGAGACUCACGGAUUGGAAAGGUAAGAAUUCGACUGUCAACCCUGGAAGCAGAUAAGAUCUACACACACUCUUACCCACUUAUUGUUCUACACCCAAAUGGGAUAAAGAAAAUGGGGGAGCUCCAGUUAGCAGUUCGUUUUACUUGCCUUUCUUUGGCUAACAUCAUAUACCUCUAUGGCCAUCCUCUACUUCCAAAGAUGCAUUAUAUACAUCCUUUCACAGUAAACCAAUUAGACAGUCUUAGAUACCUGGCGAUGAACAUUGUGGCAGUGAGGCUUGGACGUGCCGAGCCACCACUCAGGAAGGAAGUUGUUGAGUAUAUGCUGGAUGUGGAUUCUCACAUGUGGAGUAUGAGAAGAAGCAAAGCUUACUUCUUUAGGAUCAUGUCGCUGUUAUCUGGUACAAUAACUGUCAGCCGAUGGUUUGAUGAUGUUUGUCACUGGAAGAACCCAAUCACAUCAGUCCUCGUUCAUGUUCUGUUCCUCAUAUUGAUAUGGUACCCGGAGUUAAUACUCCCAACCAUCUUCCUCUAUAUGUUCCUCAUUGGGAUAUGGAACUACAGAUUCCGCCAAAGACACCCACCUCACAUGGACACUAGACUCUCAUGGGCAGAGGCAGUCCACCCAGAUGAGCUAGAUGAGGAGUUCGACACUUUCCCAACAUCUAAGCCCCAAGACAUAGUUCGAUUGAGAUAUGACAGGCUUAGAAGUGUUGCAGGGAGGAUUCAGACGGUGGUAGGAGACAUAGCUACACAGGGGGAGAGAUUCCAGUCACUUCUCAGCUGGAGAGACCCAAGGGCAACUAGCCUUUUCAUAUUCUUCUGUCUCUGCGCUGCUAUUGUGCUGUAUAUCACUCCAUUCAGAGUAGUGGCUUUGGUCAUAGGCCUUUUCAUGCUUCGACACCCCAGAUUCCGCAGCAAGUUGCCUUCUAUACCGAGCAAUUUCUUCAAAAGACUACCAUCCCGAGUAGACAGCAUGAUAUAAGGAGAGAAACACAAACCUGUUCCUGAAUGCUAGCUGAUACCACUACAGCAACUGAAAGGCCUGCUUGGAAGUCUGCCAUAAUUCUCUGUUUAUUCAAAAUGUUAACUGUUUGGGAGAUUCUAACAUGUUUUCUGGUUUCUACUUCCUAUUUCUUGUAUCUUUCUUUGAAUAGAGAUGUUUGUAUAAUACACCACAAAGGCAAGCCUCUUUGCCCACAAGACUUAAAGCUCCUACUGUACUAAUACAUUUUGUUAAGCUGUGUUUAUUCAUUGUAUCAGUUUUCCA